AUGCAUCCAUAUCUCAAGCCAGCAAGAUCAUUGCAUCUCGCCCCACAAAAAGAUGAAUUAAAAUCAAAACCUAAUUAAAGAGACAUUGAUUUCGAUCCAGCAAGUUUCCUAAAUAACUUCGAUGCACUCCCAGAUUACAAUUUGAGGUUCAAAUCUGAAAGCAUUUCUCUUUUGACCAAAUAGACUGAAUAAAAAAGAGAAAUGCAAAAAACACAACAUACCAAAUUUUUAGUGCUCCCCAAAAUAAAUUCCAAGUUUGUUCGAGAUAAUGCUGUUGAGGAUGUUUACUUCUUUCCCGAAACAAAAUAAAAAUACUAACACUCAAGCAGAAUACUCCAUUCAAAUACUGUACUAUAACCCUCCUCCAUUGAUAAGUCUAGCAAAUCCUUCAAAGAUCUUGAUUAACUAUAAGCCAAAAAAAAAAAAGUAGAAUUCAAUACUGCCUUGGAAAUAGUAGAUAUCGAAGGAAGAGUUAGUACUGAAAUUAUUCAUCCAGAAUAAUAAAUCAUGCCAAGACAGAAAAGAUUUUCGAGACUCAAAACACUGGAAUGCUGA